CACGGUCUGGUGGAGGUGUUUGUUCAACAUGAGCGGGUGGGUUCAGUCAAGGUUACGUAUAAAUUCGUUAAGUAUUACGGGGACGUGUAGUAAACAAGAUGUGUUGUGUUGUAUGGUGCACUUUUCUUAAGUCGGUGGUCUCGUGAAGCCGUUUCGUGUCAAGCAGGCUCUUGUCAGUCACUGGGAUUUCAAAACAAGAGCAUGACAGGUGUCGUUGCCGGCUGAACGUCGAUGUAAUUGCAGACAUGGCUCCGCAAGACCAAGGCAGCAUCACUCGGAGUCUUGGUCCCAAGGCGAAGGAGCGAAACGGCUAUUACUUCUGGGAAUAACUGUUUUCCACCGGGAGGAGUCAGUAUGGUGAAAGAGGAGCUGAGGCUGAGCGAGCGUGGUUCUCAUCCUCCGAGCAGCAAGAACGCCAAAGAUAAGCGCAACAGUUCCACUCUGAGGGCGAUGCGCCAGACCAAGGACUUGGAUGACUGCAGCGAACUCAGCUCUCCCCGCUGGAACUCGGAAAAAGACUCUGGCUACUCUGACAAUGGCUCAGACUGGCAGCACACCAAAACGGAGGAUCAGCAGAGACAUAAAAUUCAGCCCAGGAGGGCGGCAGAGGUGCCAUCGUCCUGUCAGAACCAAAAUGACGGGCACGGAAAAGCUGGGAACGCCAAACGGAUACCAAGAGGGCACCCAAACCAGCCUAUCUACAUCAUUAACAACAUGGUAUUUAAGCAGCCAGAAACCAUCCAGACAAAUGGCCAGCCGCUCUGGAGAAAUGUUCCCUGUGAGGCAGCACGCCCAGGGAGCCCGCAUAUGAUGCUUUUCCAGCAGCCCGGCCUGAUGCCCACCGCCUUCCAGCUCCUCAGGCCCUUGUCUCGGAAGAGCAACCACCCAACGGGGAAGAAAGUCACCGACACCCAAUUGCCCGUUCUCAACUCCUACCCCCGCAUUGCACCUCACCCGAGCAAGAAGCCACCAGAAAAGCCUGAUGAGGCGCAUAAUUUGAGCAAGAGGGUACGCACAGAACGCAAGGGACAUCUCAAACCUGCAGGAAGCAGUCAGGAACCAGCCACCUCGGAGCAGCCAUGUUCAUCUCCAUCCUCCUCCUUGUGCGGGACGCCUCCUUCUUCUGCAUCUUCCAAACCCUCCACCCUCACCAGCAGGGGGUCUCAGAGAAGCAGAGCUGGCAAUACUCGCCACCGCCGCUUCCACAACACCGUGGAGGCCCUUCAUCAGUCAGGCUUGCUGGACAUCACGCUACGCACUAAAGAGCUGCUGCGUCAGAGCAACGCUACCGAGCAGGAAAUCGCCCAGCUGCGGCGGCACACCGAGCUUUUCUGCCAGGCCGCUGGUCGCAGCCUCAGCGGCGCCACCUCCGCCGCCUGGCAGAGCGUGCACAGGAUCAUGACCGAGUCCAAAUAUUACCCGGGCCUGAAAAAGCUGCAACAUUUGCAAUCGCUGUCUAAUCCGAGUUCAGAAGAUGGUGUGAACGCGGAGACGACACCCAGACAGAAUUGUGACGCCACUCGAUCGUCUCACACAGAAGAGAUUGUUGCCUUUAUACCUCCAGAUAGUUCUACUGGUGAAGUGUGAAGUGCUGUGCCUUACAAGGAAGAGAGGCACUCGCUUCCAUCCGGGCGUUUUUUUGUGGAUCAUGUGUGAUGUUUAUCGACGGAUAGCAAAGAA